GUGAUGUCGCCGUGAUGCACGCCAGACGGUUUAGGAAUAUAUUGGUGGAUGAAAAACACGGUUCUGUGAUGUAAAACGUAUUUUCUGCUGUUUGAAGGAGUUAAGACAAUUAUUUACACGAACAUACUUAGCUAUAUCUGCUCUUACGGGCUAAAUGACAGUGAUGUCACCGUGUUGCACGCCAGAUGGUUUAGGGAUAUAUUGGCGGAUGUAAAAGGGUUCUGUGAUGUAAAACGUCUUUUCUGCUGUUUGAAGGAGUUAAGAAAAUUAUUUCUACCGAUAUACUAAGCUAUAUGUGCGCUUGCAGGCUAAAUGACAGCGGAGCGCAAUCAUGAAUCUGGGGGAUGGUCUGACAUUCCAACUUGAGGAUGGCAAGCCAAAGUUGAUUUUGUCCACUUAUGGUGUACAGUCAAAAGGUUCAAAGAAGACGGCCACGAGAACCAGGCCUCAAAAUGUCCUCAUUAAGCCAAAGCAAGGUUCUGAAGAGCCUGUGGCGGACCAGUCGCAGAGAACCCGGGAAAAGAUGGUGGACUCGAGGAAAAGCAUCGUCACGGAGACGGCAGCUGUCGGACGCAAGGAGCCGGUUGGCUCGAAAGCUCAGGGGAAGUUUGCGUCUAAGGCAGACCCCAGUGCGAACGCCAACAGCAGGGCACAAGCUCCAGCCAGAGCUGGGUCUGCCAGGAAGACCGGGGUGAACAAGCAGGCGGCCGGCAGGGGUCCCUCGAAGCUCAGCGCGGACGCCCUGAAGGAGAGCUUAGUGUGCCUGACGCAGGACCAGCUGCAGCAGAUCCUCAGCACCAUCAACCAGGCCUCAGCCAGCAGCCCGCAGGACCCGGGCCAGCCCAAACCAGCAGCGGGGGAGGACAGCCCCGUCAGUGAGGCAGCGGCAGAGGGAACGGCUUCAGAAGCGCCUCCCUCGGCACGGAGCGACGGGGCCAGGAGAGCGCAGGGCGAGAGGGUGAUGGCGAACGGGGCGCCGGCCGGCCUCUUCAGCACCCUGGGAGAGCGGGAGCGGGAGAAGGAGGCCCUGGAGGCGCGGAGGGCCCAGUGGAAGAAGGGCCUAGAUGAACAGAUGGCUCAGAGAUUACAGCAGAAAAAGACCGCAGCGUCAUCUCUGGAUUAUAGUCCCUGGGCCGGCCGGACUGCCAGGGAUCCCGACUCCAAACCCAGCUCAGAAAUGGGGGAAGAGGAGAGGCUGGGCGGGGCAGUCUCGGGUCUGGAGGAGAGAACGCGUUCCUCAGCGCUGAGCUACAGCAGCCAGCAGGACCUGCCCACCGCCAUACGCUCCGCCUUCAUCCUGGGGGAGGCGUCUCCACUGGAGCACCCGUUCAGCGCUCAGCGGCAGGAGCAGCAGAGGCGCUGGCUGCAGGCCCUGGAGGAGCAGCGGGAGGAGAACAAGCUCCGCAGGCAGCAGGAGAAACGGGAGCUCAGCCAGGCAGAGGACCAUGAGCGCUGGGCGAUGCAUUUCGACUCCCUCCAGAAGAGGGUGCCCUCCCAGCCGGCCCAGGGGCCCGACACCCCGGCGGGCCCCGCCACCCAGCAGCUGUCCCCCUCGGGGGCCCUCUCUGUGGCCCCGGGGGGCCCGAGCCCUCUGGGAGGAGAGCUCCUGGGCACCAGCAGAGGGACCCCCCCCCGGGCCAGCCACCUCCGCACCAUGACGUCUCUCCUGGACCCGGCCCAGAUCGAGGACCGCGAGAGGAAACGGCUCAAACAGCUGGAGCAUCAGCGUGCGAUCCAGGCGCAGGUGGAGGAGCGUCGGAGGCAGCGGGAGCAGGAGGAGGCGCAGCGGAGGGCGCGGGAGCGCGAGGAGGAGCAGAGGCUGGAGCGCGAGAGGGAGGAGCUGCAGGAGCAGUACCAGCUCGACGCCCUGCGCGACAGGGAGAAGAAGGAGCAGCAGGCUCAGCGGACGGAGGAGCUGUACCGCAGCGUACAGAGGGCCAGGCAGGAGGCCGCCCGGGAGAAGCAGGAGCAGAAACUCCGCAGGCUGACCAGGAGGGGCCACGACGUGUCCAACCUGCUGCAGGGCCUGGAGGAGGACUGCCCCACGCCGGCCGGGCUCGACAGCAGGGGCACGAGCAGCCUGGCACUGGGCAGGGUGGACCUGGACGUCCUGGUGGAGGAAGCAGCCAAUGAGAGCCAGCGUCCCGACGCGCUCUCUUCCAGAAGAGACGCCUCGGUGCAGACCGACGUGGGCAGGGCGAGCGCGGGCGUCGCCGUGGCGACGGGGGGGCGGAGCAGCGAGACGCCGGACGUCCCGGCGGAGUUCAGGCCCCCGGCGGGCGGCAGGAGGCCCGGGCGGGAGGCGGGCGGUCCGGGGAAGGAGAACGUGGGCGCGCGGGCCCCGGAGGACGGCCCCUACGAGCCCUUCGCCCGCCGGCCGCGCCCGGCCCCGGGGCCCGGGGGCCGGCCCCAGUGGAACACGCACCGCCCCGGCAAGGCCUUCGUCCCGGCCUCCGAGCGCUACCCGUCCGGCCUGCGCAGGGACCGGCAGGACAGCCGUCUGCGCAGGCAGACGCAGCUGCUGACGCUGGUGGAGAGGAACGCCCCCAGCAGGCCGGGGCUGAGGGAGCCGGGGCAGAGGGAGCCGGGGCAGAGGGACCCGGGGCAGAGGGAGCCGCGCCCGCCCGCGCACAGCCAGCCCGGCCGCAAGACCCUCCCACACACACAGGAGGAACACAUUUCGAGAAGCUCUCCCCACUCCACUCCGGCUGCCCAUGUGGAAAACCGGGGGUGCUCUCCCCCGGUCCCGGCGGUAAAGCACAGGCUCCAGCAGCAGGCCCCGCAGGGGCCCGUCGACGCGGACGAGCGCCCCUCCUCCUCGCCCUUCGUCCCGUACCUGCGCACGGACGAGGUGUACCAGCUGGACCCCCUGGCCCCGCUCUCCAGACCCCCCACACAGGGGUCUCAGCAGCCAGGUGCUGACGCUGGGCGGCCCACCCCCCCUCCGUCUGACCGCGACCCCCUGCUGAACCCGGAGCUGCUGAAGAACAAGGAGCGGCAGCAGGCCAUCCUGCGGGGCCUGUCCGAGCUGAGACAGGGCCUGAUGCAGAAGCAGAGGGAGCUGGAGACGGGACUGAACCCACUACUGCUGGGCCAGGAGGGCAGGCUCUCCCCCCUCUACCAGCACACCCCCCCUCUCUGACGUCCGUGCCAAGCCAGAGCAGCUGCAUCCCGUCACGCGGCUCGUUUACUUCCGGUUCGGCAGCAACCGUUGACGCCGCGGUCUGCCCUAACCUCAUUUCAGUCACACAGGUAGGGGCGAGCGGGGUCUGUUGUGACACGGGGGUUGCCCGAUGUUCUCGGUCGAUCAGAGACAAAGCUAGCCUGCUGCACACCCCCAUACACGUCCUCUUUCACCUCGGCUAUCAACGGACCACAUCGCGUAACAAUCAACCCCAUGUCACAACGGACCCCCGCUCUCCCCGACCAGCACUAUAUAAACCGACUGAAUGGCACUUUACUGCAGCUGGCCAACGCAUCUGAACUUGGGAUAGCACUGACAAGAUAACUUUGCACAAUUAUGAUUUCUGUAUGGGACCAAAGUCCAAAGCAGUGUUUUAAGUGUGUGCGUGUGUGUGUGUGUGUGUGUAAAGUGUUUAAGUAAUCACUUGGUGUAAAAUCUCAUCAUUGAAUGUCCACAGGAUGUAACUUAACUUACUUGAAGUCUGAGACUUGAAACCAGCUGCACUACUGAACCUGACCAUCUGAAUCACUAAAAUCAUGUUUGUGGUACACGGAUAAUGAAACACAGAAUUUUUAAGGUUAAUUUUGUAUAAAUAAAAGCAGGUUAUGAAAAUGCAUUGUCCA